AUGACUGUAUCUAAAUGGAUGGAAAAAGCCAAAGAAUGUGGGUUUUUAUCAGAAACAGAAAUGAAGCAGUUAUGUGAAAUAGUUAAAGAAUUAUUAAUGGAAGAAUCAAAUAUCCAGCCAGUUUCAUCACCGGUUACAAUAUGUGGUGAUAUACAUGGUCAAUUUUAUGAUUUACUGGAACUUUUUCGAGUCGGUGGUCAGAUUCCUGAUACAAAAUAUGUUUUUAUGGGAGAUUUUGUAGAUCGUGGAUAUUUUAGUUUAGAAACGUUUACACUGCUGAUGUGCUUUAAAGCAAGUUAUCCGGAUAAAAUUACAUUACUUAGAGGAAAUCAUGAGAGUCGACAGAUUACACAGGUGUAUGGUUUUUAUGAUGAAUGUCAAACAAAGUACGGUAACGCUAAUGUAUGGAAAUAUUGUUGCAGAGUCUUUGAUUUUUUGGCGAUUGCUGCAAUUAUAGACGGGAAAAUUCUUUGUGUUCAUGGAGGGCUAAGUCCUGAAAUAAGAACUUUGGAUCAAAUCAGGAUCGUUGCAAGGGCCCAAGAAAUUCCACAUGAGGGAGCAUUUUGUGACUUAAUGUGGUCUGAUCCAGAAGAGGUGGAAACUUGGGCAGUGUCUCCUCGUGGUGCAGGAUGGCUAUUUGGAGAUAAAGUAACAGCUGAGUUUAAUCAUGUUAAUGAUUUGUAUUUAAUUGCAAGAGCACAUCAGCUCGUUCAGGAAGGAUUUAAAUAUCAUUUUAAAGACCAGUCACUUGUAACUGUUUGGUCUGCUCCUAAUUAUUGUUACAGAUGCGGAAAUGUUGCUAGCAUUAUGAUCAUAGACGAAUCGCUUAUUCCCAGAUUUAAUAUUUUCAGUGCAGAUAAACAAAUACCAUCUAAAAGACAAAGAUCGGAAUAUUUUAUAUAA